AUGCGAAUUAUCAUUAAAGGUGGUGUAUGGAAGAAUACAGAGGAUGAGAUCUUGAAAGCAGCUGUCAUGAAGUAUGGUAUGAAUCAAUGGGCACGUGUUGCGUCCUUAUUAUCACGUAAAUCCGCCAAACAAUGCAAAGCACGAUGGUAUGAAUGGUUAGAUCCAAGUAUUAAAAAGACGGAAUGGAGUCGUGAAGAAGAGGAGAAAUUACUACAUUUAGUGAAAUUAAUGCCUUCUCAAUGGCGUACUAUUGCACCAAUUGUCGGUCGGACAGCUGCUCAAUGUAUGGAACACUAUGAACGAUUAUUAGAUGCAGCACAGCAGAAAGAAGAAAAUAAACCAGCACGACCUGAUCCCGUUGAUAUGGAUGAAGAUGAGAAAGAAAUGUUAUCGGAAGCAAGAGCUCGAUUAGCAAAUACCAAGGGAAAAAAAGCUAAACGAAAAGCACGUGAAAAACAAUUGGAAGAAGCACGACGACUUGCAGCAUUACAGAAAAAAAGAGAACUGAAAGCAGCUGGAAUCAUGUCGUCCAAUCCGAAAAUACACGUGAAAAAACGGAAAUACAUUGACUAUGCGAAUGAAAUUCCGUUUGAGAAAAAAAGCACCAGCGGGAUUUUAUGA